UAGCCACGUUGCAGCUUCAGCCGAACUCCCUCCACCUAUAUAUAUACUUCCCCUUACCCCUUUCAUCUGCUCAACUCAACUCAUUCAUUAUCCAUUACUUUCUCUCUCCACAACUCAUUGGAGAUUUGCUUCUUUCUCACACACUCAAGCAGAAAAACACACACUAAUCAGAACCAGAUCAGUACUUGAAUAUAUGGAUUAUGACUCGUCCGUAUAGAUUUCUAUCAACUGCUGUCAACUCAUCGUCGAAGGCGGCGGCAGAAUCGCCGGAGGCAGUCUCUGUGGAAUCAGAUUUCGUCGUCAUCUUCGCUGCUCUACUAUGUGCUCGUUGUAUCGUAGGUUUGAUAGUCGUAGCUCGAUGCGCUUGGCUCAGACGCAGAUCUCUUGCUAAUAGCUUACCUGGCCAACAAUCUGCUAAUAAAGGAAUUAAGAAGAAGUUCAUUGACGCGCUUCCGAAAUUCAAGUACGAUUCAGCCAAGGACGACAACGGCGGAAAGCUUUCCUCCGGUGAUUGUGCGUGUGCGAUCUGUUUGACGGAGUACGCAGAUGGAGAUGAGAUCAGAGUGCUCCCGCAGUGCGGACAUGGAUUUCACGUCGGAUGUAUCGACAAGUGGCUUGGAUCUCACUCGUCUUGUCCGUCGUGUAGACAGAUUCUGGUGAUUAGUAGGUGUAAGAAGUGCGGCGAGUUCCCGACGAUUUCCGCCGGAAAAAUCUCGUUGGUGGUUGAUCAUGGAGGUAGGCAUCAUAACGAUAGUUCUAGUUCAUCAAGUUGACAUCGAUGAAACGUGAUAAUUUAAUAAUUUAGAAGUUAAUUAAUUACCAAUGAUAUGAUCUUAAGCCUAUUCAGACAAUCACAGAGUUUCUGUAGCAAAAUGAUUCUGAAAUUGCUAAUCCAGAUGUGGAUGCUGUUGUUUUUGUCUUGUAGCUUUGCAUUUGAAACAACAAAAUAGCGAAAUAUGUUAUUUUAUUUCAAUGGAUGUGAAGUGAAGUCUCUACCUUAUCUUAA